AUGUCCGCGAAGAAAUCUCAAAAAAUCGAGGCUCAAGUGGUGGAAGCUAUACGCAGGCUGCAGGCUGUCCAAGGAUCGACUCCUCGAGAAAUUAGCAGCUAUAUUUCCCAGGAAUAUGACCUGCCAAGCUCAGAGAUCAAGCGGCAGGUUCAGAUCGCCUUGAAACGCGGCGUUUCUUAUGGGAUCUUGCAGAAACUGAAGGGGGGAUGCUACACCUACAACCUGGACUUCCUGGAGAGGCACCCGGUGGCCAUGGCGGACACCGGCGUGGAGAUGCCUUCCAGGCACCGUAGAAGCAGAAGAGGUAGAAGACGUUCGCGAAGGCGAGGUCGAUCGGGCAAGAGAAGAAGGAGCCGCAGGUCAAGGCGGCGAUCCGGCAGAAGGAGGUCCAGACGGAGCCGCGGCAGGAGGAGGAGGAGGAGGUCUGAUGUGCCACAGGACAUCGACGCGCUGGACGUGAACAUCCUCGCUAAACAGCCGAAGAGGAGCACCAGCCUCUUGAGGAAAGAGAGCCCGCAGAGCGAGGGGUCAAGCAUUUCCGGCGCCUCGGAGGGCAAGCAGGGAGAGUGAUCCUCCAAGAUAGAUCGAUCAAUCGCCGCGCAAAGAUUUACGCAAGAAAACCGAGGAAAAGAUACCAGCUGAUCGCGGAAAUAUUGUGGAG